AUGUCAUCAGCAAGAUACGAUAGAGCUAUUACAGUGUUCUCACCAGAUGGACAUUUAUUCCAAGUAGAGUACGCUAUGGAGGCCGUGAGAAAGGGAACGGUCGCCGUUGGUGUACGUGGAAAGGAUGUCAUUGUAUUGGGUGCUGAGAAGAAGUCCACUGCCAAGCUCCAAGACUCACGUUCAGCCAAGAAGAUUGUAAAGAUUGACGAUCAUAUCUGUCUAACAUUUGCUGGUCUGACAGCUGACUCUCGUGUUCUAAUCAACAAGGCAUUGAUCGAAUGUCAAUCAUACAGACUGUCUUUGGAUGAUACUCCAUCAGUUGAGUACAUCUCUAAAUAUAUCGCAGGAAUCCAACAGAGAUACACACAGAGUGGAGGAGUUAGACCAUUUGGUAUAUCUACUUUGAUCGUUGGCUUUGACUCUGAUGGAACACCAAACUUGUUCCAGACUGACCCAUCUGGUUCGUUCUCCUCGUGGAAGGCUGCCGCCAUUGGCAGGAACUCAAAGACAGUGAGCGAGUUCCUCGAGAAGAACUAUACAGACACCUCUGAUCACGAGUCGAUCAAGCUGGCAGUCAAAGCGCUGCUGGAGGUCGUCGAGUCUGGAAACAAGAAUAUCGAAAUCGUCGUCAUCAGGAGGAAUCAGCCCAUCCAGCAGAUGGACGAGGCCGACGUCGAGAAGCUGGUCGAUGAGGUCGAGAAGGAGAAGGACGAGGAGAAAGUCGAGUCUGGUGUCGCUCCCAAGAAGUAA